GAAGGUUUUAGGUUAAUUCUGAACGUCAAGCAGUGUUCACUUCACAACAAUCCAACAAUCGCAACUUCACUAUUUUCUGUCAGUUCUGUGUGUGUAUGUGAAGGGAUUGAUCAAAUUCCGGUUGAUAAUGUUGAUAAAUUAAAGUAGGAAGCAGAAAAAGAAGUCAAAUUAAACAUUAUAUUCAACUCCAAUCAAAUUUCACUUUACUAAGUCACAAUGUCCGAGAGAAAAGUUUUAAAUAAAUAUUAUCCACCAGAUUUUGAUCCUAGUAAAAUACCUCGUAUGAAAUUACCUAAAAAUAGACAGUAUACUGUACGCUUGAUGGCUCCUUUCAAUAUGCGAUGUGAAACUUGCGGUGAAUAUAUUUAUAAGGGAAAGAAAUUCAAUGCUCGGAAGGAAGAUGUGGAAAAUGAGAAUUACCUAGGGAUAAGGAUAUAUCGCUUUUAUAUUAAAUGCACAAGAUGCCUUCAGGAGAUCUCUUUCAAAACUGAUCCUCAAUCAACAGAUUAUGUGAUUGAAGCAGGUGCGACCAGAAAUUUUAUGGCUCUCAAACUAGCAGAAGAGCAAGCUUUGAGAGAGGAAGAAGAGGCUAAAGAAGAAGAGGCAAAUAAUCCUAUGAAAUUAUUAGAGAACAGAACAAAACAAUCUAAAAAUGAAAUAGAAUUAUUAGAAUCACUUGAAGAAAUCAAAGACAUGAAUAGAAGGCAAGAAGCUAUCGAUUAUAAUGCAAUGUUAUCACAAUAUGAUAGUAAAUUGACAGAAAGGGAAAGGGAAGAAAAAAUGCAGCAAAUGGAUGAAGAAUAUAUCAAGACUAUCAAGUUUGGACAGCAAGGUCAAAAAAAGAGAAUUAUUGUUGAAGAAGAAAUUAUUGAAGAUAUUAUCGAAGAACAUCCUGCAAAAAUUGCCAAAACUGCAACUUCAGAUCUUAUAUUCAGUUCGAAAGUUUCAAAUAGUAAAAUUAAACCUAAGAACAACUUAGUGUUAGUUAAACCCAAGAACAGUAAUCAGAAAUCGGAUGAGAAAUUGAAAAAUGAUGAAGAGACUCAAACUGCAGUAACGAAAGAUAAUAUAAUACCUUCCACUAUGAGCAAAUCAUCUUCAUCUUUACUGGUUCAAUAUUCAGACAGCGAUGAGAGUGACCAAUAAGAUCAUUUUUAUUGAUUAAAAAUGUUUUUCUAUUUCAUAUUAUAAAUUCACAGAAUGUGAGUGAGUUGAAUACUCACAGAAUUCAAGAGCUUUUGGGAGCUUGAUCAUCUCUCCAUUCACAUGUAAAUGUAGAUAAUCAACUGACCUGUAACUAUCGUAAUCAUUGAAUUGAUGUCAUAACAAUUGCAUCUACUGCUGCAAUUAUGUUGACAACAUGCUAACCUGAUUAGUAUUACUUAGAACUAUAAAUAUAUAGAACAUUCAAAUAAAGACUAUUCCACAGUAGGCUUGUAUCAUAUACCACCCUGCAUUAAACGACCAAAUGCUG